GCUCAAGACACCGAAGAAAGUGGAGUGACUCGGAAAUAAAGGGAUCAUAGUGACUCGACAAAAAGAAUAAGUAUCAAGAAUGGCUGCGAAAUUUUACGAGCUCUCAACCAAACUCCUCACGGGGAAAACGUUUAAUUUUUCCUCCCUGAAGGGCAAAGUUGUCCUCAUCGAGAAUGUCGCGUCUCUCUGAGGUACGACCUCCAGGGAUUACACUCAGAUGAACGAGCUCCACCAGCGGUACGCCGGCAAGGGGCUCGUGAUCCUGGGAGUGCCCUGCAACCAGUUCGGCCAUCAGGAGAACUGCAAGAAUGAGGAAAUCCUCAUGUCUCUGAAGUAUAUCCGUCCUGGAAAUGGCUUUGAGCCAAAGUUCCAGCUCCUGGAGAAAGUAGAUGUGAACGGGAAAGAUGCCCAUCCCCUGUUUGUGUUCCUGAGGGGGGCGCUCCCAUACCCCAGCGACGAGUCGGCUGCCCUGCUCGAUGACCCCAAGCUGAUCACGUGGAGUCCGGUCUGCAGGAACGACGUGGCCUGGAACUUUGAGAAGUUCCUCAUCGGGCCGGAUGGAGUGCCGUUCAAGCGCUACAGCAGGAGGUUCGUCACCAGUGACGUCGAGGGUGACAUCAAGAAGCUCCUCAGCCAGGCCAACUAAAGAACCCGUCCUCCAGUACCGUUGACCCACUUUGGGCUCCUUGCUGUCUCUCUGCAGCUUCUGUGCAACACUUGUCAGACCGCCUGUGCUCUCUUACAUACGGUAGCUGUGUUCUGUUCUUUUACAAUAUGAAGGCACCCUCUAAAAACAAGUUAUUUGUAAGGGGGGAAUCUGAUGAACCGUAAAAGCCUGAAUGUUUUCAGCUGCAUUGUGUAUGCAAAGCACAGCAGUGUUUUCAAGUGUAAAGAGGACCAAUAAAACUAUUUUAUUCACACAUUU